AUUUCAGUUGUCACUUGGCGAGCAAAAAAACAAAAUCACCGUUCAGUUGUCACAAAUGUAGCCCGUGCGAUAAAUCGACCAAAAACAAAAGACUAACAGUGACCGUCGAAAAAAAGUGAACUAUAGCUUAUAGGAAUAAAGUUUUUUAUGCAUGUUUGCCUUCAUCAAUGCCUUAUUUUUGUACAUCUACAACAAUAUAAGACCUCAAGGAAAUCACAGUGUUAAAUUUAUUGAUUUGCACGACAUAUCACGGCUUUUAGGCUUUGGAAAAUGAUUUUUUUUCGUACGUAAUUAAAGUAGCAAUAAAAUUAAUAAAAUGGCUUUCUAAAAAUAAUGUGAUAUUUAUAAUAAUAAUACUCCAUAUCGAAGCGACAACGAUUGGUGUACAUUUUUUUACGAUAAAUUAUGUGUUUGUGAUUGGUUGGUACAUUUCAACGAAAAAAAAGUGAUAUGCCCGUAAGAAGAGGCCACGUUGCCCCUAGAACUACCCUUAUUGAAACCAUCAUACGUAAAUUUGAUACAGACAAUCGCUCCUUCUUGGUGGCAAAUAGUCGUGAGGGACAAUGUCACGUGAUCUACUGUUCAGACGGCUUCUGCCGUCUAACCGGAUAUUCCAGGGCGGAAGUGAUGCAAAGGCCUGCCUCGUGCGAAUUUUUGUGCGGAACUUUGACGUCUCAGCAGGCGGUGGCCAGUCUAAGAGAAGCUCUAAGGGAAAACGUGGAAAAGCACGCGGAAAUUUUGUAUUACAGAAAAGACGGCUCAAAAUUCCUUUGUUCGGAAGUGAUAGCGCCCAUAAGAUCGGAAGUCGAUGAUAUAUGUUUGAUAAUCAUUAAUUUCGAGGAUUUAACAACGCUACCGACGGCAUCGCUGGACGGCAGCCCUGUUGCCAAACCUAACCGUCUCAGUAAAUUUGACAGGGCUAGAAACUCGUUCAGACAAAGUUUGAGGUUAGGAUCGAAUCUGAGAGGUCGCGGUCUUCGUCUGGCCGGUUAUUUGACGCCGCCAAGCGACGUGACAGCGGCCGAAGAAGAAGACGACACUUUGGAGCAAUGCCCGUUGACCAUAACGCCCAUCCUGGAUCAGACGUGGGUGUCGAGGGGGGACCCGGGGGCCCAAACGACGGCCAUAGGCUACGCCACGGCCCCCCAAAAGGAGUACACGGCUUUGACGGUGUCACAUAGCGCGCCUGCCUCGCACCAGGCCUCCUUCGAAAGGGGGGAAAGCGUGGAAAGGGCCGUCAGACAGCCCUUGUUGAAUAAUUGUAACAGGUACCAUUCCACUUCGAACAAAGUCUCUCACGCCACCAGUCUGGACGCCAUCGCGAGGCGACAGUGUUUCCGAACCGGCCUUCCCUCAGUCACUCAAAUUCAAAAAACGCCUCUUUCUAAACAAUUUCCCAAUGUUUCAUCAGAAAGUGACUUGCAACGGUAUCGCACCGCUCAGCAUUCCAACGAUAGGAAAAGUCCGAGCCUCUCCAACCCGACCACGGACAGUUUAAGGCAAAAAGUCUGCCCUCAAUUUUCGUUCCAAGACAAUGGUUCCAAGUAUUUUCAAAGUGGAAUACACACGCCUAAAAAUGGGGGAAAAGGUGGCACAAGUUCUUUCUCUGGGUGCCGAUGUCAUCCCGGAUUACAAGCUUCAAAAUCCCAGGAUACAUAACUGGACCAUACUCCACUACAGCCCUUUUAAGGCUGUGUGGGAUUGGAUAAUACUUAUUCUCGUUAUGUACACGGCUAUAUUUACUCCCUAUGUAGCAGCAUUUUUGCUGAGUGAGCCGGAUCAGAAGCGGAACAGCAACAAAAAGUAUUCCGAAGAUCCGCUUGUCAUCAUAGAUCUAAUAGUCGACGUCACAUUCAUCAUAGACAUACUGAUAAACUUUCGUACGACAUACGUAAGCGGUGCGGAUGAAGUGGUGUCGAUCCGGGUCGUAUAGCGGUCCACUAUCUCAAAGGUUGGUUCGUGAUCGAUCUAGUGGCAGCUGUGCCAUUCGAUCUUCUUUUGUUCGGCGAGAAUUCCGACGAGUUGGGCCUGGAUAAAGACGAGACAACAACUUUAAUGGGUUUACUAAAAACUGCAAGGUUACUGAGGCUUGUAAGAGUUGCAAGGAAAAUAGACAGAUAUUCCGAAUAUGGCGCCGCAGUUUUACUAUUAUUAAUGGCUACUUUUGCCCUCAUAGCCCAUUGGUUGGCCUGUAUAUGGUACGCGAUUGGUAACGCGGAAAGAUCCAUUUACCGGCCCGCAUUGGCUGGCUGGACAGUCUGGCCAACGAUACCGAGGAAUAUUACGGUCCCAACAAAACCGGCGGGCCCAGUAUACGAAGUAGAUACGUGACGGCGUUGUAUUUUACGUUUACGUCCCUGACGAGCGUGGGUUUCGGUAACGUGGCCCCCAACACUGAGUCUGAAAAGAUUUUCACAAUCUUCGUGAUGUUCGGUCGGAUCUUUGAUGUACGCGAGCAUAUUCGGAAACGUCUCCGCCAUAAUACAGCGAUUUAUACUCCGGCACGGCGAGAUAUCAUACGCAGAUGUUGAGGGUCAGGGAGUUUAUACGCUUCCAUCAAAUCCCGAAUCCUUUGCGGCAAAGAUUAGAGGAGUAUUUCCAGCACGCGUGGACUUACACCAACGGAAUCGAUAUGAACUCGGUUUUGAAAGGGUUCCCGAAUGUUUGCAGGCCGACAUCUGUUUGCAUUUGAACAGGAAUUUGCUACAAAACUGCAGCGUUUUUCGACGGGGCUUCCCCGGGCUGUCUCAGAGCGUUCUCUUUGAAGUUUAAAACUACGCACGCGCCACCUGGCGACACUCUUGUGCACCGCGGUGACGUCCUGACGAGUUUGUACUUCAUUUCCAGAGGUUCCAUCGAAAUUCUGAAGGAUGACUUGGUUGUUGCUUAUACUAGGUAAAUACGAUAUUUUCGGGGGAGAACCCUUGCCUUCACACCACCCUUGGGGGAAAUCGGCUUGCAAUGUGAGAGCGCUUACGUACUGCGACCUCCACAAAAUCCACAGGGACGACCUUCUGGAUGUCUUGGACUUGUACCCGGAAUUCUACAGUUAUUUCUUGAACAAUCUAGAAAAUAACCAUAGAUCUAAGAGAUUGACCAACAAGCCGGCGUUAUACCCAGGAGGCAUUACCAACAAAAAACCUUUGGGAAUAAAGAGGCCCGUUUCUUCAGGGGUGUGAGCAGGUGGUUCUAGGGGUAACUCGGUAAAUGGGCGUCAAGAAUCACAGUAUAGUGACGAAUCGGAAUCAGGGGCAUGGUAUAUUGGAGUUUACCACUGACAAAGCGGGUCAAGACGUGACCCCGAUGAACCUUGAAUUCGGCGAGGAAAAACGAAGAUCCUCGACCCUAAACUCCAUCACAGGAGUCUUAAACCAACUCAAAAGAAGUAUACCGGAUCUCAGGCUACACAAAAGUACCACUCAACAUCAACCGUUGAUAGACGUCAGUCUUCCACAGGGGCGUAUCAGGACCAAGCUGGGCACUCGCAGAACCAGCAACCAAACCCAUCUAAAUUCCGGACCUUUAUCCAGUAGCACCAGUUUACUACACAACAGUCCUAGCCCGCCAAACAACCCCGAUGUCCCCCAGGAGGACACUUUAGUGCCUCUGGACACCACCGGGGUCGGCACUUCGCCUGUGAACGCCCAAGUCCAAACUUUCGUACAUUCCUCGACCAACGACGCCGAUAAACAUGACGCUGAGUCGGUGUUACUUGGAGAAUAUCAACUCCAAGCUGGAUCUAGCUCACCAAGCGCGUUUUUUUCGCCUCGAAACGACCCUCGCGAACGACGUGAAAAGUAUUUUGACGUUGCUGCAAGCGCAGCAGAAUUCCAGCAGCGAGGUUUCCACGUUUAAAGCAAGAGUUGCCAGAGUAUGAAAAUAUAGCUACAGUAGAUUCUAGUAGAAGGUAGAUACACUUUCCAGCGAUCGGUCAGCGAACCGAAACCGAUUUCUUCGAAAUUGCAUCAUUUUCAACCUUUGCAUAGGUUCGCAUCUUUUAACAAAGCUUUCGAUUUCGACAGUAUCAGAGCGAUUCCGCUUGGUCAGAGGCCUUAUUACACAAAGGAAAACGACGUCAAGGAGGAGAAAACAGCCCCAAUCGCAAAACUAGAGUCUUUAGAUGAGUUAGACUUGGAAUCACCCGUAGGAAGUCCAAAAAAGCGAAAAAGUAGCUUUAGUACUUUGACAAAAUAAAUAAACAAAUAAAUAAGGGAGACGUUUUGUACUUAAUUUUGUGAUUGAUUGUUUGAAAAUGAUUGACAAAAAAUCGGGGUUUUAAAAAAAGCCCAGCUUUUUUAUAGACUGUUAUUAUUAUUAUAUUACAUAUUAAUUGUUAUAUAGGGAAAGCACGUUGAUAUUUAUUCGACAUUUUUUAUGGUAUUAACGUGUUUUCAAAAUAAGGUGAGG